CUAAAAAAUAACCUCUCUUCAUUUUUCCUGUUUCUUUUUUGACACCCUUCUCUCUCUCACACAUACACAGAGUGAAAGACUCACAUAGGCACGCGCACACAAGUACGGACACAUAGAGAGCAUUGGGUUGUGAUUCCACUGCAGACUUUCAUAGGCAUAUUAAUGGCUUUAUUCAAUUGAGCCAACCAAAUUUUCGUUGGACUAAUCUGGUUCAUGAUCGUGGACUGCUGGUCUUUAGGGCAUGAAGACAAUCUUCGUUGUUGCUGACAGGUGCAGGUUAUUGAUUGUUCUGAUUUAUACAAUGUUAUAAGGCGCUUCGGUAUGGAUUUGAUCAUUUCCUUUCAAGGUUAAAAGGGGGAGCUUUUGCAGCUAAGCAGAUGUUUUAAUGAAUUACCAGACAGGAAAGUUAAAAAUAUGGAUAGACUGGAUUUAAGAUUCAAUCACUCCGGAUCUGUGCAAUCAGAUGAGUCAGCCCUGGAUUUGGAGAGAAAUUAUUUCAACAACCUUCCUUUGUCAAGUCCACCACCACUACAAGCCUUUGCAUCAGGUUGUCAGGUUGCUGAGAGCAAUGCUGCCUACUUCUCAUGGCCGUGCCGCUUGGAUGCUGCUGAGGACCGGGCCAAUUACUUUGGUAAUCUUCAGAAGGGAGUUUUACCUGAAACCCUGGGGCGACUUCCCACGGGACAGCAAGCUACAACAUUGCUUGAAGUUAUGACCAUAAGGGCAUUCCAUAGCAAAAACUUGCGCCGAUUUAGUCUUGGUACAGCAAUCGGAUUUCGUAUCCGGCGAGGUGCUUUGACAGAUAUACCAGCUAUUCUUGUCUUUGUUGCCAGAAAGGUUCAUAUGCAAUGGCUCAGUCUUUCCCAAUGUCUACCGGCUUUUCUUGAGGGACCAGGUGGUGUAUGGUGUGAUGUUGAUGUUGUGGAAUUUUCAUACUUUGGGGCACCGGCAGCAACUCCGAAGGAACAGCUAUAUACUGAACUUGUUGAUGGUUUACGGGGAAGUGAUCCAUGCAUUGGUUCUGGUUCCCAGGUUGCUAGUCAGGAAACAUAUGGAACCUUGGGCGCAAUCGUUAAAAGUCGUACAGGAAGCAGGCAGGUUGGUUUCCUUACCAAUCGUCAUGUAGCAGUUGACUUGGAUUAUCCCAGCCAGAAAAUGUUUCAUCCUCUGCCACCGAGCCUUGGGCCAGGGGUGUAUUUAGGUGCUGUGGAGAGAGCUACAUCCUUCAUAACGGAUGAUCUUUGGUAUGGCAUAUUUGCUGGCACAAACCCAGAAACAUUUGUUCGAGCUGAUGGAGCAUUUAUUCCAUUUGCAGAAGAUUUUGACAUGUCGAAUGUAAGGACGUCCGUGAAAGGAAUAGGAGACAUAGGUGAUGUCAAUAAAAUUGAUUUACAGUCUCCUGUUGGUAGUGUCAUUGGUAGGCAAGUGGUGAAAGUUGGAAGGAGCUCCGGUCUAACCACUGGAAACAUUAUGGCGUAUGCCCUGGAGUAUAAUGAUGAAAAAGGAAUUUGUUUCUUUACAGAUUUUCUGGUUGUUGGUGAGAACCAACAGACUUUUGAUCUUGAAGGUGACAGUGGUAGCCUUAUUCUCUUGACUAGCCCAGACGGGGAGAAGCCACAGCCUAUUGGAAUAAUUUGGGGUGGAACUGCCAAUCGAGGUCGUUUAAAAUUGAAAGUUGGCCAACCUCCUGAGAAUUGGACUAGUGGAGUUGACUUGGGGCGUCUCCUUGAUCUUCUUGAACUUGAUCUCAUUACAUCCAAUGAGAGUCUGAAAGUUGCAUUGCAAGAGCAAAUAAAUGCAUCAGCUGGGGGUAUUGGUUCUGCUGUUGGAGAGUCGUCACCAGCAGAGCGGAUUCAAUUGAAAGAUAAAGCUGAGGAGAACUUUGAACCAAUCAAUUUAAACGUCCGACAAGAUCCCAUUGAUGACGAGUCCGAUGAAGGAAUAGUUCCACCCCUUGAGCGUAAGCACUUUCACAUCCACGAUGGAAAUAAAGCAACUCCCUGCAUUGAGCAUCAAUUUAUCCCAAGUGUCUCUGGGAUUCAACAUGGAAAUAGGGAAUUGAAAAGACUCUCGGUGAGGGGAGGAUCGGAUGAAGAUAUCUAUGUCUCUUUGCAGUUAGGGGAGCAACGCGAACCAAAGAGAAGAAAACAAUGAUGAGUCUCAGAUUGCCAUGAGCUUAAAAAAAAAGUGAACCGCCUCGUUAUAUUUGCCUCAGUCAUGCAUUGAAAUGUGAAGACUUGGGAAGAUUUUGAGCUCCUAAGAGAAACUUAAGCCUUCCACCAGUAUGAGUAUUAUUAUUAUUAUUAUUAUUAUUAUUAUUAUUAUUAUUAUUCUUUUUUCACUUUUAAUUCAUGGAAGCUACAUGUAGAGGUUAGAUAUAUAUUAAGUUGUACAAUAUGUAAGAAAUGUGUUUAGAAGAGAACUGUAUCUAUUCAUAUCGGGUUGUAUCAUUUCUGUGAAGCUGUCAUACAAAAUCUAUGAAGUGGAGGAAGCCCCCAGAAACUGUUACUCAAGGAAGAUCAGACAAUGUGCAACUUUCCAGGAAAGUAUAAUAAUACAAAAUAAUAUUGAGUAACUGCAUGUAUUAAGCAGAAACUGUAUAUGAACCUCAGCUUCUACAUUCAACAAAAUUUGGCAUUUUGUAUUAGAAGGCCACGAGGAGCUUCAUUUGGUUUGGAUGUAUACACAGCAAUUAUUUUGAUUA